UUCCUCUCUCUUAUUCUCAGUUCAGUUCAGUUCUUCUGAGGUUUCCAUCUCUGAGCACAUGGACAGUCAGAAAGGUCCUCUUUUUAGCUGGGCUUACUUCUGUCAAGGGAAGACACUGGAAGAGCUUAGGUAUUCUCUUUUUUAUACUACUCUGGAGCUGGAAGAGACUAGGAUGGCAGCUCAGGGGGAGCUGAGAAAGAGAGAUGACCAGCUAAUUCAACUCGAAGAGUUGCUAAGCAAGGCAAUGAGAGAGAGAGAUGAAGCACAGGAGAAAUGUCGGAAACUUUUCCUUGAGAAACUCCUACUUCAGCAGCAGCAGCAGCAAGUUGCUCCUCUCUCUGGAGUUUCUGGCGUUGAGGAUGAACGCAGAAGAGGAAUUGACUCCAACAAUGGGUUCUCCUCCUCUGACUGUGAGGGGAGCAUUGUUUCAUCUCCUGUUCAACAACCACAACUACCACCAGCACCACAAUGUCAAUCCAUGGCAGAAACAACCGUAGAGCUAGUGCCUGAUAAGCCAUUGCCCGAAAAGGGAAAGCUUUUACAAGCAGUGAUGAAAGCUGGUCCUCUCCUGCAAACCCUUCUUUUAGCAGGGUCACUGCCUCAAUGGAGACACCCACCACCACCACUCGAGUCCUUUGAGAUCCCACCGGUGACCAUUCCUUCACCUCCACCACCCCCACAACUCCUCCACCAAGACUCCUUGAUCAGCAUUAACGCCUGCAACACUCUAAACACCUGUGGUAAAGUAAUCAGGAAAAGGGGUCUUUAUGAUGCCUCUGAUUCUCCUCCAGAAACCAAAUGCCAACGAUUAGUUCUUCAUUGACUACCACCACAAACCAAGACUAGUCUAAAAUGGUAUUUACUAAUUCCAUUAAAAUUUACCAUUUCUAAACUCAAUAUAGGUUAGUCAGGGUGAAAAUCAGACUAUCAGGGAAUGGUGACUGAUUUCAGCAUUUUUGUACAUAGGGUUGUCAAUUGUUUCAGUGAAGCAAUUAUCCAAAUUCCUAGUUGAACUCUUUGGAGAGAGUCAAAGAGAGCUUUGUUUUCCGGUGAAGAUUUUUUGCCCUUCUUUUUUUUCUCCCCUGAGAUUGGUUUUUGCUCCAGGAUGUGAAAGGGAGCUUUGAAUUUGAUAUCUCCAAGAACUUGCAGUGGCAUGUGAAAAUUUAGUACUAGUAAGCGUGGGAGUGUUUGAGACUUGAUAAAUUAGUUUAAAAUUAGAUGCUGAAGCACAAUGAUCGGGUGUGGCCAACAGCCAGAAGGUUUAAGAGGGCGCUUGCUUGUCGGAUUAGUGGAUCCCACAAAAUCGAAUCAGGAUCUGCUGCUUGCGUAAAUGUUGUAUGAUCAUAAUUAUAUUUUUGUGGAGGGAAGCAUCACUACUAUUAGUAUUUGUUAUUUAUGUAGCGUACGUCUUAUGUUUC